AUGACAAUCGUAAAUAACGCUUUCAUAGCGUCAGUUCUAAUCUAUUCAUUUCUAUUUGAUACUAGACUCCUCUACAUAUUUCUUGGUAUCAUAGGUAAUAAUCAAUUUCAUUUCAUAGCUAUUUAUCAGGCAUUAUCCUAUUUUUUCUAUCCUUCUGUAGGUUAUGGAUCUGGUAGAAGAAGAUUAUCUUAAGCACUUUGGAGUCCACCAACUGAAGGAGUUAUUCAUAAUUUAGUAGAAAUAGACUUGACAAACACUAUGAAAUAUCUAUCAAGUAAAUCAGCAAAGUAUUUAUAUUAUUAUUAUAUAAGAGAUUCACAUGUUACAUUAACACAUAUUUGUAUUAGAGCAAUUGCUGAAUGUAUUAAUGUUAGUAGAAAGAAAAUAUGUGGAAAAAUAGUAUUUGGUAAAUUUGUUGAAUUUCCUACAAUUGAUAUAUCAUGUUUAGUAAAUAUAGGUGAAGGAGAUGAUUUAGCAGCAUUAUUAGUUUAAAAUGCUGAUAAGAAAACUUUUGAAGAUAUUGCCGAAUAUAUCAAUGGUAAAGCAAAACUAGCCAAAUAAGGAAAAGAUGAAGAACAUCAAUAAAGAUCAGGCUUACUUAAAUAUCUUCCACCAUUGUAAUUUUAAUUAUUUUAUUGAUAGUGCUAUUGGUUUACUUAUCUAAGUUACAUCUUUUCUUACUUAUAAUUUGGGAAUCACAAUCAAAGCAUUAGGUUUAAAGAAAGAUUGUUUUGGAGUUGCUACAGUGACUUCUAUAGGAACUCUUGGAUUUAAAAAUGCAAUUGCUCCAUUCACUCCAAUGAUGAGAAACUUAUUGAUUGUCACUGUUAAUUAAAUUGUAGAAAAAGCAGUUGUUAAGAAUGGAUAAAUUGUUAUUGCACCUACAUUUUAAUUGAAUUUUUGUACUGAUCAUAGAUUCUUAGAUGGUGGUGCUAUUGUUAAAUCAAAUAAAGUCUUAUAUGAUGUAUUUGAGAACCCAGAGAAAUAUGCAAGAUAAUGA